AUGUCGGCUGAUUUGUUUGCCGAAUUUGCCAAUAGCAAUCCGCCACCUCCUCAACAACCACCAAUUCCGCCAGCCGCAAGUCAGCAGAGCAAGCCCGCGGCAAGGGACCCCUUUAGCUUUGGCUUCACCGAUUUCACAACAGCAGCAGCUUCACCAGUUGAGAGAUGGCCUCCCAUCCAAUCUCAGCCAAGCAGGGCUAUCAAUUGGGCCGCCGCGACACCAGCACCUCCGCAGACUGCACCAGCACCGGCACCAGCACCACCGGCGUUUGAUGAUGCUGAUGACGAUGGCUGGGGGGACUUUGAGACGGCAAAGCCUGCUCCGGCAGCAUCUGCAAUCAACAAGUCAUCCGAUCCAUUUGGGGCCCUUCCCGCCCCGUCCAAGGAGCCUCAGACCAGGAAUCGGCCGUUCCGGGCUCCCUCCAUCGACAUCAUGACCAAUACCUUGGUCGACGUCCAAGCAAAUAGGUCCAACAACACCGGUCCGUCAUGGAACUCAACGCCAAGCAAUGCAAGGUUCUCUAUGCCUUCAGCACCGACAGGUUCCAACGUGCUAUUCGAUGCCGAUGAUUUUGAGCUCCAGGAACCGGAUUUGGAUGAAGAUGAUGAUGAAUUUGGUGAUUUUGAAGCGGUGGCACCAGCACCGAAGCAAGCAAAGCAAAGCUCCACAUCCAAACCGGCAUCUUCCUUCAGCUCUGCGCCGUUGCUAGAUCUGCUCUCUCUUGAUGAACCUCCGCGACAACAGCAGCCUGUUGAAAAAGUGGCUCACAAGCAACCUCCUCCCCAGCUCCUGGGUGCACUGAGCUUUGGGGCAGCAUCCACACUCCCUAACCCACCAAAGUCGCCAUCGUUUCAGGAGCGGAAUCCCUUCCCAGAUCUUGGCAUCAAGACAACUGCACCAACGGCUGAUGCUGUCAAGAAAACGCGCGAUGCUCCAAAGUCAGCAACACCAGUAACCGCAUGGCCAACAACCAAACACAAAGCAAAACCAUCAAUUGCCAAGGAUUUCGAUGAUGAUUGGGACGCAUGGGAUGAUACGGCCAGCGGAGCCGUCAAUAAGAAAGAUGUUACUCACAGCAUUCCUCAGUCUGAGAACUGGGAAUGGGACAGUGGUGAUGAUGGUGAAUCUAACGCCAUCAAGGCAAACGACCAUGACCCUCCCCCAACCAAUGUUCCACCACCGUCCGUCAUCUUAUCUGCCUUUCCCAAUCUCUUCAGCUCAGCGAAUGUCUUUUUCAAGCCAAUGUCUGGUCAUAGUGCCUCUAUCAGACAGCAGGUUCUUUCUAACCCCAAGGCCAUCCAUUUUCUCCAGGGUUAUAUCCUCCUUGCCACGACUGCUGCUCGAGUAAUUGCAGGCCGCAAGCAUAGGUGGCACAGGGAUAAGAUUCUGGCGAAAAGCAUGUCCAUCUCGGCCGCUGGUAGCAAGGGUAUGAAGCUCGCGGGUGUCGACAAAACCCAGUCAGCUCGAGAAGACAGAGAGGCAGCAGAUGUGGUAGCUGUGUGGCGUGAAUACGUGGGACGCCUACGAUCUGCCGUUGCGGCCGCCAACACCGAGGGUAAGAUCAGUCUCAAGGUGCCUGAGCUGAGCGAGAAUAUGCUGGUCCAAACUGCAAAGAUGGUGCCCACCGGGCCUAAACCAUGUAUAAUAUGCGGGCUGAAGAGGGAAGAGAGGAUAUCAAAGGUUGAUUACGACAUAGAGGACAGUUUUGGGGAGUGGUGGGUUGAGCACUGGGGCCACAGAGCUUGUAAGAACUUUUGGAUAGAACAUGAGCAGAAAUUACGACAGCGUUAA